CAAAAUAUUUUUUUAAGCAAACGCAUUCAUUAGGUAAAAGUAUAAAUUUGUAUAGUGAAACAAAAAAAAAAAAAUGAGUGUCGAUGAAGAUAAUCUAGAUAUCGCUGAUCUCGAUGGAGCCGAGGAGGAGAAGUAUGUGCCCUCCUGGGUGGAGUGGUGCGAGCGCAAUGCAAAGCCCAAGAAGCGUGUCAAUCCCAAGGUGCAGCGCGAGCUGACGCCCUGGCAGAAACCAGGGCCGAUGAAGAAAAAGGACUGGAAGCAGUUCUUCGAGUGGGCCAUGGUGAAUGCCAAGCCCAAGGAGCCCAAGGAGAUGGAGAUAACCAUACCCUGCGAGGCGGAUUACUUGCCCUGCGGACGUCCGCCCAUGGAAAUAGAUUCUGUUGAGCUGGCGCAGAAAAUCGAGGAACUAGCCAAGCCGUAUCCACGCAAAGUGACGCCCAAGCAUGAGUUCAUCACGCCCUUCUAUGCCUACUCGCCUGUCAUUGUGUGGGGCAAGCCACCACGCUAUGAUGCAGGUCGUCCCUUCAAGCCGCCAGAUAUGCCUGGCUGCUUUCCCAACGAGGACAUCGAAGGCGAGUACUGGGCCAAGCUGCGCUUUCCCAUACGCCCAGCUGCACUCAGAGCGCGUCCAACGCCGCGCAUACUUAAUCUAGCGAAGCUGCACAAAAUGCCACCAGGUCCGCCCCAUUGCCCCAUUCCAGCCAAGACCUUAGCGCCGCUGGAGGUGCCGCCACCGCCACGCAAGAAGUUUACGCCACGCGGCUGGAAGCUGCAUCAAAUACGUCUCAUCUAUCUAUCGAAGCCGGUGUCUAGACCGGAGUUUGAGUACUUCUAUAUGUAAAUGCCAAUGCUCAAUUCUUGGAUCCUGAUAAAUUCUCUAGUACAACAAAUGUCGAAUAAAGGAUAUGCAAAA